GAGGACGGAGCAAGUCGAAGCUCGCGAAAAACGAAACUUGGCCAUGUCUUGUCCACACACGUGCAUCCGACCUCUGUGUGUGUGUGUCUCUCUCUGUCACUGGUUCUUGAUCAUGUAUGUCCGAAAGAAACACCACAGCUCCCCAUCCCAACCAAGAAGAUCCAAUAACUACACAGGAGGGAGCAAGAAGGAGAGAGCCACCAGUCAUGUGUGUUUCAUCCUCCGCCCCGUGCCUCAAAAUCCCGCCUUCCUCCUCCGCCCCUUUCCGAUUCUCCGCCGCCGCCCCGAGGCCCCCCACCGUCGUCAGCGUCGCCACCAUCCGGUGCUCCCAGACCGAGGGCCCCUUGAGGCGGCCCGUCGCUCCCCCACUCAGGCCCGUGCCCCCCUCCCCGCCCCCCUCCUCCUCCCCGCCGUCCGCGGUCGCCCCGCCGCCCCAGCAGCCGAAGCCGCCCGUCGCCGCGCCGGACGCGGCGGUCGAGGGCGGCGGCGCGAUAACGUUGGAGUUCCAGAGGCAGAAGGCCAAGGAGCUGCAGGAGUAUUUCAAGAAGAAGAAGCUCGAGGAGUCCAAUCAGGGUCCUUUCUUUGGGUUCAUCGGCAAGAAUGAAAUCGCCAAUGGAAGAUGGGCGAUGUUUGGUUUCGCUGUCGGGAUGCUGACAGAGUAUGCCACGGGCUCAAACUUUGUGGAUCAAGUGAAAAUACUUCUCUCUAACUUUGGAAUAGCCGAUCUGGAAUGACUUCUACUCCUCGAGGUUUCUCAUAGCAUCGACUCUUUUCGGUGUAUGUAAUUUGGUUCAAAGUCAGUAAUAUUUUCAAUGUAUAAUGGUUUCAUUGUGAUCUUCAUUUGCUUGUGAAUGAAUGAUGCUCUCAAUUGUUUCCUCAA